AUGUACAGUAAUGAAUAUAUAAAAUGACACGCAUGUUUUUAUUGGACAAUUCACUGUAAGAAAAACACUGCAGAAUUGAAGCUGAUCUUCCCCAGAAUCCAUCCAUGGCAGCCUCCAUGUUCAUAAUCCUCAUACCAAUUAUACUACUCUCCUUCAAUGCAAGAUUUGUUGAAGCACAGAGUGGGCAGCUUCCUCCAGAUGAAUUAAAUGCACUUAGGGAAAUAGCAGAUGAAUUGGGGAAGAAGGAUUGGGAUUUUGGACUAAAUCCUUGUGACAACAACAACUCAAACUGGUUGACACCACAAAGGAAUGAUAUGCCUCUGUACAUGAAUUCUCUCACUUGCAAUUGUAGCUUCCCAGGUGCCAUUUGCCAUGUUCAAACCAUAGUUUUGAAAGGACAGGAUCUGCAGGGUGUUCUUCCUCCUUCCUUGGUGAAGUUACCCUUUCUCAAGACAAUUGAUCUGAGCCGCAACUACUUAAGUGGUACAAUUCCCCCUCAAUGGGCUUCUACCAAUUUGGAAUAUCUGUCUAUUCUUGUGAAUCGAUUGUCGGGGCCAAUUCCAAAAUACUUGGGAAAUAUAACGACUCUUGUGUAUUUAAGCUUGGAGAACAAUAUGUUCAAUGGAACUGUUCCACCCGAGCUUGGGAAACUCGCCAACUUGCAGAAUCUCAUUCUUAGUGCUAAUAGCCUCACAGGUGAAUUGCCAAAAGAACUUAAUGCUCUUACAAAAUUGACUGAGCUUAGGCUCAGCAGUAAUAAGUUCACUGGGAAACUGCCUAGCUUUCAAACUUUCAAAAACCUUCAAAACUUAGAGGUUCAAGCAAGUGGUUUUGAAGGACCCAUACCUCAAAAUAUUUCUGUAUUGACAAGUUUAACAGAACUUAGAAUCAGCGAGCUAAAUGGCGGGGGAGCCUCCAGAUUUCCUACCUUAACCAACAUGACAGGCAUGAGAACAUUGAUGUUGAGGAGGUGUAAUAUUUCUGGGACGAUACCGAAUAUAACUUACAUGACAGGCUUGCAACAAAUAGAUUUGAGUUUCAAUAAUCUCGAAGGAGGGAUUGAUGGUCUUCAAGGUCUUAAUUUUGUGCACUACAUGUUUCUAACAAACAACUCGCUUAGUGGGAAAAUUCCUGAGUGGUUUCUAAAUCAAAAUUCCAUAGUUAACAUAGAUCUUUCUUACAAUAAUUUCGAGGCGAGCUCUGUGCCACAAGAUUGUCGGGAAACCGUAAAUUUGUUCAAAAGCUAUAACCGAGGAGAAAGUUCAGAAGCUGGAAAGUGUUUAAAACAAUGUACAAAGGAUUGGUAUUCAUUUCACAUCAAUUGCGGUGGAGGCAACGUUUUGGUUGGUGACACUACAUAUGAAGCAGAUGAAGAUUCUAGAGGCUUUGCGAAAUUUGUUUCCAAUAGAGAAAACUGGGUAACCAGUAGUACGGGAAACUUUUGGGAUAAAAACAAAACGGUAGAGGUCUUUACAACAACAAAUAUAUCUGUCAUCAAGGGAAACGACUCCGAAAUCUACAAGACAGCUCGCUUGUCUCCUUUAUCUAUGACGUAUUAUGGGCGUUGUUUAGCAAAUGGAAACUAUACGGUGAAGCUUCAUUUUGCAGAGAUAGUUUUGAGAGAUAACAGAUCUUUUCAAAGUCUUGGAAGACGCAUAUUCGAUGUUUAUAUACAGGGCGAAAGGAAAUUAAAGGAUUUUAAUAUUGAAACUGAAGCACAAGGAGUUGAUAAACCCUUGGUUAAACAGUUUCAAAUGGUCGUUAGAGAUAAAACUUUAGAGGUGCGCUUUGAGUAUGCUGGAAAAGGAACAACAGCAGUCCCGAAUAAAGGAACAUAUGGACCUUUAAUAUCUGCCAUUUCUGUGGAAUCGGAUUUCAAGCCUCCCAAAAAGAGGAAGACUUUAAUCAUAGUUAUUGCAGUAGCCUCUUCUUUGUUUCUUAUUUUCACAAUUCUCUGUUUGGCUGGGUGGAAGAUCUACAUUAGAAACAAGACCUCACAGGAAAACGAAUUACAAGGCCUUGAUCUACCGACUGGUUUAUUAUUUACCUUAACACAAAUUAAAGUCGCUACAAACAAUUUCGAUGCUGCAAAUAAGAUUGGAGAAGGUGGUUUUGGACCUGUCUACAAGGGUACGUUAUUGGAUGGGACAGUUGUUGCUGUGAAACAACUCUCAUCCAAUUCAAGUCAAGGAUACCGUGAAUUUUUGAAUGAAAUAGGCAUGAUUUCUUGCUUGCAACACCCUAAUCUUGUGAAACUUUAUGGGUGUUGUGUUGAGGGAAAGCAAUUGUUGUUGGUGUACGAGUACUUGGAAAACAACAGCCUUGCCAAUGCUCUUUUUGGUCCAGAAAAUUGUCAACUGGAAAUAGACUGGCCUACCAGACAAAAAAUCUGUGUUGGUAUUGCGAAAGGUAUAGCAUUCUUGCAUGAAGAAUCAGCAAUAAAAAUUGUUCAUAGAGACAUUAAAGCCACCAAUGUGCUUCUUGACAAAGAGCUCAAUCCAAAAGUUUCUGACUUUGGUCUAGCUAAACUUGACGAUGAUGAGAAUACACACAUCAGCACGAGAGUUGCUGGGACAAAAGGAUACAUGGCUCCUGAAUAUGCAUUGUGGGGUUACUUAACAUUCAAAGCUGAUAUCUAUAGUUUCGGGGUGGUCGCACUAGAAAUUGUUGCCGGGAAGAACAAUGUGAAGUAUCGGCAUGAUGAGAACUGUGUUUGCCUCCUUGAUUGGGCACUUGAUCUUCAUAAAAAAGGAAACCUCUUAGAGCUAAUAGAUCCAAGAUUAGGUUCUAAUUUCGAUGGAGAACAAGCACUCAGAAUGAUCAAGGUGGCUUUGCUCUGUACUAAUUCUUCCCCAGCCCUUAGGCCAUCUAUGUCUGCAGUAAUCAACAUGCUUGAAGGCCAUGAUGAUAUUCUUGAGUACACUUCUGAUCUACAUGAGUUCAAUUUUCAAGCAAUGAAAGAUCGUUAUGAUGAAAUGCCACACAAUUCAAGUAAUUCUCCCUAUAAUGUAGAUUUUUCUCCAUAUACAAAUUGUCAAUGAAUAAUAUUGUAUCUUCAAAGGUAUCUUCAAUAAUUAUUUCCAAUUUUCUUAAA